AUGUCGACCAACACCGUCGAUCUCCACGGUGCCGACGGCCAUGUCCACACCUGGACCAUCUACAAACACCAGCGCUUCCCCAAGUACUCUCUCCGGGUCAAGAAGGGCAGCGAGCUCUGCGACCCCGACGUCUCGCAGAUCUACGGCUACCUCGAUGUUGACGAGGAGAAGCACUUCUUCUUCUGGUUCUUUGAGUCUCGCCACAAGCCCGAGUCUGAUCCCCUUGUCCUGUGGCUCAAUGGAGGCCCUGGCUGCUCGUCGCUUACCGGUCUCUUCAUGGAGCUGGGCCCCUGCCGUGUUAAUGAGGGCGGCCAGGGCACCACCUUGAACCCUUACUCCUGGAACAACAAGGCCAACGUCAUCUUCUUGGACCAGCCUGUCAAUGUUGGCUUCAGCUACGCCGAUGGCGGCAAGCAGACCAGCACCACCGUCGAGGCCGCCGCCGAUGUCUUUGCCUUCCUCCAGCUCUUCCUCGGCAGCAACGAAAAGUACAUUGACCUUCCUUUCCACGUCACGGGCGAGUCCUAUGCCGGCCACUAUGUCCCCGCCAUCGGCAAGGUCAUUGCCGACCACAACAACGAGGCCGGCCCCGAUGAGACCGAGAUCCUGCCCAUCAACCUGGCUUCUCUGGCCAUCGGCAACGGCCUGACCGAUCCCCUCAACCAGUACUCUGCCUAUGCUGAUAUGGCCGAAGACGAAAAGUAUGGCCCCAUCUUGGAUGCCGAUGUUAUCCAGGACAUGCGCAACAAGUUCCCUACCUGCCGCACCCUGAUCAACUCCUGCUACAAGUACCAGACUCCCUUCACUUGUGUCCCCGGUGCCAUCUACUGCAACAACGCCAUGAUCAACCCCUUCCAGCAGACCGGCCUGAACAUCUACGAUAUUCGCAAGAAGUGCGACAGCAGCAACCCCCUGUGCUACUCUAUCCUCACCGACAUCGAGUCGUUCCUGAACCAACCUCAGGUCCAGCAGACUCUCGGUGUUGAUCACGAAUACAAGGGCUGCAACAUGGACAUCAACAUGAAGUUCAUGAUGGCCGGCGACUGGAUGCGCCCCUAUGUCAACAACCUCCCUCCUCUCCUCGACGACGGAAUCCAGAUCCUCAUCUACGCCGGCGAUGCUGAUUAUAUCUGCAACUGGAUCGGCAACAAGAACUGGGCUCUCGAGCUCGACUGGUACGGCCGCGACGCUUUCCAGGAGGCCGAGGAUCUCGACUGGAUCUCGACUACCACCGGCAAGAAGGCUGGCGAGUUCCGCACCUUCGAGUCGUUCACCUACCUGCGCGUCUACGAGGCUGGCCACAUGGUUCCCUAUGACCAGCCCGAGCACUCCUCGGAUAUGAUCAACGAGUGGAUCAAGAAGACCUCUUUCUAA